AUGCUCCAGAGAAAUGGAAAGAAGCCUGGCGACGAGCUGGCCAGGAUCUCUGAGGAAUUUGAUGCCGUUGACUCGCUUCUCCGACAGGAGUUGCCCACCCUGCACAACCUGGUCAUAAAACUCACGGUGCGUCUGAUUGAAAAACUCACAGCGGCGCAAAUGCAGUCGUUUUCCAGUUGGAGGACCGUCUUCCAACGCAUCACCGGAAAGCCAGACGUGCCCGAAUGGGCCGACAUUAAGGCCGAUUUCGAACGUGAACUCCGGUCCACGCGUGUGGAGCAAAAGAUCAAAGAACUCGGAAUCAUUCCGUCCUUGCAACCACGAAGCAGGAACUUUCCCAAUGAGGGAGUGCCGAUUGCAUUUCGACCAGAGAAACCAGCAGACCGCCACAGUCGACUGUUUGCAACGUCUGGAGAGUUUGAAGAGUCCGCCCUUGACUCAUCGGAAACCUCCAAUGCAUUUCAACAGAUGUCUUUUUCUGCUGGAAAGGACGAAGAUGAUUCAGGACCAUCAAAUCCAAAGAACAACAAACUUUGGUCAGCUCUAUCCUUGCACAAGUUCUACAUCGGGACGACCAACCGAGAAGCAGGAUAUCCCUAUCUUUGUUACGAUGUCGGAGAGAUGUUUGAUGUUAUUGCUGAGAAGGGUGAGCUUUGGCUGGCCCUGAGAAGGGAUGAUCCUGAUAUGCUGGUGGGCUGGAUAUGGUACAAGCACUUUGAAAAAUGUUAG